UUCGUCGGAGCAGUUCAUGUUAUUAUUUUCUUUUGUUCAUUUUCUGUCGCUACAUGGAUGUGUGGACAAAAAUCUUGAGUUUAAUGGCACGGCGAGAUGAACCAUCAUAAUCAUUUUAGCCACCACGUCAAAACAAGAUCAGAGAUCUCCCAAUUCUCAACAGACGAUGAUGCUGCAAUAAAUAAGAAGUUGCCAAAGGAGCUGUUGUUAAGGAUCUUCUCCUUCCUUGAUGUGGUGUCUCUGUGCCGAUGUGCUCAAGUGUCAAAGUUCUGGAAUGUCCUGGCACUAGAUGGGAGCAACUGGCAGAGAGUUGAUCUCUUUGACUUCCAGACAGAUGUUGAGGGUCCAGUCGUUGAGAACAUUUCCAAGAGAUGUGGGGGAUUUCUGAAGUCCCUGAGUCUGAGGGGUUGUCAGAGCAUCACCGACUCAGCCUUGAUAAAAUUUGCAGAGCAAUGCAGAAACAUAGACACACUCUGUUUGAAUAACUGCAAGAAGAUUACAGAUGUAACAUGUGAAAGCCUAGGAAAGAACAGCUUAAAGCUGAUGAAACUAGAUUUGAGUUCCUGCCCUGAUAUCACAAACAACUCAUUAAAAGCUCUCAGCGAUGGUUGCAGACUUCUGGAGGUGGUGGACAUAUCAUGGUGCAUGCAGAUCACCAACGAUGGUGUGGAAGCCCUCGCCAAGGGCUGCCCCAAGAUGAAGAUCUUCAUAGCCCGAGGCUGUAAUCAGAUCGGAGAUGAUGGAAUACGUCACUUAGCACAAAAUGCUACAGAUCUUAGGAAACUCAAUUUACAAGGUUGUCAGCAUAUCACGGAUGACGCGGUGAACACGAUAAGUCUAUGCUGCCACGCGCUGAGCUUCCUGUGUGUGUCCAACUGCCCCCGCCUUACAGACGCAUCACUCAAUGCCCUCGGCACUGGCUGCACAAACCUCAAAACUCUGGAGGUGGCAGGGUGCAGUCAUCUGACAGACAGCGGCUUCCAGGCGCUGGCAAGGAAUUGUCACGAACUUGAGAAGAUGGACCUAGAAGAGUGUGUCCAGAUAACAGACACAACACUUGCUCAUCUAGCUUUGUACUGUAAUAAACUUGCUGCCCUGAGUCUUUCCCACUGUGAGCUGAUCACAGAUGAAGGUAUCCGCCAGCUGGGCAACAGCCCGUGUGCCAUCGAGCACCUGGAGGUUCUGGAGCUGGACAACUGCCCACUAAUUACUGAUGCCUCGUUAGAGCAUUUAAUGGCGUGUCAGAGUUUGGAGAGGAUAGAACUUUACGAUUGUCAACUAAUCACCCGUGCUGGGAUACGCAGGUUACGGACGCGACUUCCUGAUAUCAAAGUUCACGCCUACUUCGCACCUGUGACCCCGCCCCCUUCCGUGGGUGGGGGCCGGCAGCGGUACUGUAAAUGUUGUGUCAUACUCUGACGAAAGGUUCUCCAGGGAGGAUACCCCUGCCCAGACUUGUCAGUGACAUUGUGUACUUGUGUUAUUACAUGGCUGAUAUAGUGCUUCAUCGUACCUUGGAUAUUAUACUAUCAGUGGAUAUACUAUGUAUCGUCUAAGGUGUGAAGACAUGUAUCACAGGUGUAUCAGUUGUAUUACGAACCACUCUCAGGUGGAUUUCAGCAGACUUAUCCUGCAAGUUCAGUUAUUGCCUGCCACAGCAGGGAUUCCAGGUGAUAUCAGCUGAUAUCUGCUGGCGAUGUCAUUACCAUUGAACAUGUGAUGGACCAAUGGGAUCAGCUUAUUCAACAAAUGAUAUCAUCACACAGUGAAUCUUCUCAACAUUUCAAUCAUCAUAAACAACACUGUGUAAGGGAAGUAACUCUAACCAUAAGAAUGGAAACUCCCACAAUGGGUGGUCCUUUGUAAAAGGGAGGUAACUCUGGUAUGUAGAGAUUAUUGAUAUUUUGGUCUACACAGCUUUGCACAGUAUCAUCGUGUGUUCUCUGUAGAUCCUCUCUGCUGAAAUGUUUUUCAUUCUUUACCGUAAGAUCAUAUUUGUAUUAGAAGUAUUGAUGCAUGUGAGAAGCAUUUCCUAAAUUAUGAUUUGAAAAUCCUUCAUUAAGGUUUAACACCCAUUAAAAUAUCUUGAAACAAAUCUUGAGACAAAGAUUAGUGGUGAGUCACAAAAAUCCUGAUGUGCCACUAUGACAUGAGUUACCUCCCUUAGUUCAAUGUCAGCCCUGUUUUGUUGACCUACUGCUCUUUCACCACUUAUGACCCUGAGCGUGGUUGUUAUCAUAGAUAACAACAUAACUCAUACAGGAGAGCUUCUCUCUGUUGACAUCGUGAUAUGAACUGUUACUUUAGCCAUUGAGCAAAUUGAGUUCUUUAACAAGGAUCAGUUGCUUGCGUGAGAACCUGUGGACAAUGUUUGUAAGAUAUUGUUGAUGCUGUGAAUGUCAGUGUACAAUGUUAUGAUAUUUCAACCUAUUGAUUCCAUAGAAGAACAACACCAGCGAAAUAUAGACUGUCAGGACGGCUUUCUCAACACCAUGUGAUAUGACGGCAAUGGGGAAAACAAUAUCCCCCCACGUUUUAGUCCUAACGCAGAUGAAACAUAGCUAGUUUUAGGUUAGCAAUUUUCUCAGCUCCUUGUGAUAUAACAGAACACCCUUACACACAAGUUCUAUCUCAGUGUGUGAUGUAACAUAGCUAGUUGUAGGAUAACAGUUUUUCAACUUCAUAUGAUAUAACAAGAGAACACCCUUACACACAAGUUCUAUCUCAGUGUGUGAUGAAACAUACCUAGUUGUAGGAUAGCAGUAUUCUCAACUCCCAUGUGAUAGGACAAUAACAGAACACCCUUACACACAAGUCCCAUCUCAGUGUCUGAUGAAACAUACCUAGUUGUAGGAUAGCAGUAUUCUCAACUCCCAUGUGAUAGGACAAUAACAGCACACCCUUACACACAAGUCCCAUCUCAGUGUCUGAUGAAACAUACUAGUUGUAGGAUAUGAUAUAAAUAUUCACAUAUAUCCCAUACUCAUAUGUAAUGACACCCAUAGUGACCGAAGGGACAGUCCAUUCUGUACUGGAUACAUGCUAUUUUCCACAAGAGAAUUCUAAGCAGAUUGAAACAGUGUGAGAAAUAAUUUCCAGCCUCAAAAUUGGUGUCUCAUGUGGCAGGAACAUUGCGGUUAACAUCAGCGUUUAACAUCAGCAGUUAACACAUGCAGCUGAAGCUUGUACCAUGUUGGAUCAUUAUAGCCAUCAUAUUGGACCAUGUUGUGUGCUUCAACUGUAGCCUGGUGAAUUAUGUUCGCUCAUCACAUGUGACAGAUGUGAGAUUAAAAUAUUUCUGCGUGUGGUGUGUCUGUGAUUGAGUCAACAUGCUGUGAGUGCACCUAUCAGUAUGAUUGUAGUUCUGUGUGGUAUAUAUCGUGUAUAUCCUACAGUUCUGUAUGGUAUAUAUCAUGUAUGUGCUAUAGUUCUGUGGUAUAUAUCAUGUAUAUCCUACAGUUCUGUAUGGUAUAUAUCAUAUAUAUCCUACAGUUCUGUAUUGUAUGUAUCA